UCUCUUUCUUUUCUUUCUAGGACAUGAGUUUCUUCGAUUUGUUGAUCUACCCUGUCUGAAACAACAAGUUUUGAUCUUUAUUUUUUGAGCUUAUAUGUGUCACUGAUGAGUGACUCAUGGGUAAGAAUCCCUUGAACAAAAUUCAUUUUGGAAAAAGUUGGGAUUUUUAUGAGAAAAGCGUAGAAGAGCUAGUAUCAUACCCUGGUGAAGAGAAUAAGUAUCGUUUAUCUAUUGAUGAUUAUAUGCAAGAAGUAAAGUGUGUCGUGAAAAGGGUCAGCUGGGUUUUGGUUGAUUUGUAAGGAUUUGAUAUGGGUGGGUGUUUUCCAUGCUUUGGAUCAUCAGAUAAAGGUGGAAAUGGUGUUAAAGAAGUGGUAAAGAAGGAGUCUUUUAAGGAUGGUUCAGCUGCUGUUUCACAUCAUGUGGACAGAGUUAGUUCAGAUAAAUCGAAGUCCAGGGGUGGUAAUGAUCCUAAGAAGGAGCCAUCUAUUGCAAAAGAUGGACCACCUGCACAUAUCGCUGCACAGACAUUUACAUUUCGUGAGCUUGCUGCUGCAACAAAAAAUUUUAGGCCGGAGUGUUUGCUAGGUGAAGGUGGAUUUGGACGUGUUUAUAGAGGUCGUUUGGAAUCAGGACAGGCUGUUGCUGUUAAACAACUUGAUCGCAAUGGCCUUCAGGGGAACAGAGAGUUUUUGGUGGAGGUUCUUAUGCUUAGCCUGUUGCAUCAUCAGAAUCUCGUGAACUUGAUUGGUUAUUGUGCAGAUGGCGAUCAACGGCUUCUUGUUUAUGAGUUCAUGCCAUUGGGUUCUCUAGAAGAUCAUUUGCACGAACUUCCGCCGGAUAAAGAACCUUUGGACUGGAAUACAAGGAUGAAAAUAGCAGCUGGUGCAGCCAAAGGAUUGGAGUACUUGCACGAUAAAGCCAAUCCUCCUGUCAUAUAUCGAGACCUUAAAUCUUCUAACAUCCUUCUUGAUGAAGGAUAUCACCCUAAAUUAUCAGAUUUUGGGCUUGCCAAAUUGGGUCCAGUGGGUGACAAGACUCAUGUCUCCACCAGGGUCAUGGGGACAUACGGUUACUGUGCUCCUGAAUAUGCUAUGACUGGUCAACUCACUCUGAAGUCCGAUGUAUAUAGUUUUGGAGUUGUCUUCCUUGAACUUAUAACAGGGCGCAAGGCCAUUGAUAACACAAGAGGUCCAGGAGAGCAUAAUCUUGUUGCUUGGGCACGUCCACUGUUUAAGGAUCGCCGGAAGUUCCCAAAAAUGGCUGACCCACUGUUGCAAGGCCGUUACCCAAUGCGAGGACUGUACCAAGCACUAGCAGUGGCAGCCAUGUGCCUGCAAGAACAAGCUGCUACAAGGCCUCUAAUUGGGGAUGUUGUGACUGCUUUGACAUAUUUAGCCUCUCAAACUUACGAUCCGAAUGCAACAAGUACGCAAAGUAACAGAGUAGGUCCAUCUACUCCUAGGAGCAGAGAGGACCGUAGGAGCAUGGCAGAUGGAGUGGACAGUCCAGAUGAGCCUGGACGUGGUUUCCAUGGCUCGCCUUCCGCACACAAGAACUCACCUGAUUUCAGGAAGAGAGACUCUGCCAGAGAGUUGUUGAAUAAUGGUGCUGAGUUGAGAAAAAUUGAAACAGGUGGUGGGUCUGGACGAAAAUGGGGUCUAGAUGAAUCAGAGCGUCCCGAAUCUCAAAGAGACAGUCCUUUGAGUGCGGGUAGAGCUAGAGAAACACCAAGAAAUCGAGAUCUAGACAGAGAACGUGCGGUAGCGGAGGCCAAAGUGUGGGGUGAGAACUGGAGAGAGAGAAAGAAGGCAAAUGCAGCGGGCAGUUUUGAUGGUACAAAUGAUUGACUGAACCCGGAUCUACUGACUACCAGCGGUUGCAUAUUCUAGGGUUCAUCAUCAUGGAGAAAGAGAAGUUUGCGGUGCGUCCUCAGUGAUUACCUUGGUCGAGCGAAUUGUUCUUCGGAAUAAGAGUUCUUGUAUCCAACUACUUGUACUGUUCGUCUCAUAAAUCAUUCUUGUAAUUUGGUUUGAGCUGGAUUCUUUAGUUAUCUGGUUAAAAAAAGAUGUAGUUAUGAGGAGACAACAUGGGGUUAGUGAUUGUAAUUUCUGAGUUAUUACUGGUGACCCCGCCCAAGUGGUGUUGUAUGCAAUUUGUCAGUAUAUCUAUUAGAAUUUUUCAAUGUCCA